GAUCGCGACUACAACUCCCAGGAGAUUGCGCGGCCGAAGGAGCAGCGUCCUUCCCAGAAUGCAACAGAACGGGGAUCCCACCCCUCCUCCUGUCUCCGCUCCUCCCACCUUUCUACCCGGCGUCACCCGGGAGAACCGGAGAUUGGCAUCGAGGGGGCUCAGUUCGGGUGGUGGCGCCGCGCGCAGCGCAAGGGUCACUGCGACGGCGGCGGCGGACGGCUGGAAGGGCAGGCUUCCUUCGCCGCUUGUCCUCCUUCCCCGGUCCGCUCGGUGUCAGGCGCGGCGGAGGCGGCGCAGCGGCCGGACUUCGUCCCUCCUCCAGCUCCCCCCGGCGCCGGAGCGGGCACUCUUCCCUUCGCCAUCUCCCGACCCUUCACCCCGGCUACUGGGCGCCUCCUCCGGCGCAGCUCAGGGAGCGGGGGCCGGUCUCCCGCUCGGCUGUCGCGCCUCCAUGUCGGAUAACCAGAGCUGGAACUCGUCGGGCUCGGAGGAGGAUCCGGAGACGGAGUCUGGGCCGCCUGUGGAGCGCUGCGGAGUCCUCAGCAAGUGGACAAACUACAUUCAUGGGUGGCAGGAUCGUUGGGUAGUUUUAAAAAAUAACACUCUGAGUUACUACAAAUCUGAAGACGAGACAGAGUACGGCUGCAGAGGAUCCAUCUGUCUUAGCAAGGCUGUCAUCACACCUCAUGAUUUUGAUGAAUGUCGAUUUGAUAUUAGUGUAAAUGAUAGCGUUUGGUAUCUUCGUGCUCAGGAUCCAGACCAUAGACAACAAUGGAUAGAUGCCAUCGAACAGCACAAGACUGAAUCUGGAUAUGGAUCUGAAUCCAGCUUGCGUCGACAUGGCUCUAUGGUGUCACUGGUGUCUGGAGCAAGUGGCUAUUCUGCAACAUCCACCUCUUCAUUCAAGAAAGGCCACAGUUUACGUGAAAAAUUGGCUGAAAUGGAAACCUUUAGAGAUAUCCUGUGUAGACAAGUUGAUACUUUACAGAAGUACUUUGAUGCCUGUGCUGAUGUUGUCUCCAAGGAUGAACUUCAAAGGGAUAAAGUGGUAGAAGAUGAUGAAGAUGACUUUCCUACAACGCGUUCUGAUGGAGACUUCUUGCAUAAUACUAAUGGCAAUAAGGAAAAGUUAUUUCCACAUGUAACACCAAGAGGAAUUAAUGGUAUAGACUUUAAAGGGGAGGCGAUAACUUUUAAAGCAACUACUGCUGGAAUCCUUGCUACACUUUCUCAUUGUAUUGAACUAAUGGUAAAACGCGAAGAAAGCUGGCAAAAAAGACUGGAUAAGGAAAGUGAGAAGAGAAGAAGAAUAGAAGAGGCAUACAAAAAUGCCAUGACAGAACUUAAGAAAAAAUCCCACUUUGGAGGACCAGAUUAUGAGGAAGGUCCAAACAGUCUGAUUAAUGAAGAAGAAUUCUUUGAUGCUGUUGAAGCUGCUCUUGACAGACAAGAUAAAAUAGAAGAACAGUCACAGAGUGAAAAGGUCAGAUUACAUUGGCCUACAUCUAUGCCAUCUGGAGAUGCCUUUUCUUCUGUGGGGACUCAUAGGUUUGUCCAAAAGCCCUAUAGUCGCUCUUCCUCCAUGUCUUCCAUUGAUCUCGUCAGUGCCUCUGACGAUGUUCACAGAUUCAGCUCCCAGGUUGAAGAGAUGGUGCAAAACCAUAUGACUUACUCACUACAGGAUGUAGGUGGAGAUGCUAACUGGCAGUUGGUUGUAGAAGAAGGAGAAAUGAAGGUAUAUAGAAGGGAAGUAGAAGAAAACGGGAUUGUUUUGGAUCCUUUGAAAGCUACCCAUGCAGUGAAAGGCGUUACAGGACAUGAAGUCUGCAAUUACUUCUGGAAUGUUGAUGUUCGCAAUGAUUGGGAAACAACUAUAGAAAACUUUCAUGUGGUGGAAACAUUAGCUGAUAAUGCAAUCAUCAUUUAUCAAACGCACAAGAGGGUGUGGCCUGCUUCUCAGCGAGAUGUAUUGUAUCUCUCUGCCAUUCGAAAGAUACCAGCCUUGACUGAAAAUGACCCUGAAACUUGGAUAGUGUGUAAUUUUUCUGUGGACCAUGACAGUGCUCCGCUAAAUAAUCGAUGUGUCCGUGCCAAAAUAAAUAUUGCUAUGAUUUGUCAAACCUUGGUAAGCCCACCGGAGGGAAACCAGGAGAUCAGCAGGGACAACAUUCUAUGCAAGAUUACAUAUGUAGCUAAUGUGAACCCUGGAGGAUGGGCACCAGCCUCAGUGUUAAGGGCAGUGGCAAAGCGAGAGUAUCCAAAGUUUCUAAAACGCUUUACUUCUUACGUCCAGGAAAAAACUUCAGGAAAACCUAUUUUGUUCUAGUAUUAACAGGUACUGGAAGUAACUGAAGCAAGGCUGUGUGACAUUCCAUGUUGGAGGAAAAAAAUAAAAAACAAAAUUGGAUGCUCUAAGCUGGAACGUAGGAUCUAUAGCCUUGUCUGUGGCCCAACACACUGGCCUUGUGUACAAAAAUGAAGAAAUAUUGCAAUAGCAAAGGUGAACAUCUAACACUAGCUGUCUCCUGCUAUGUCUCCUCGCUCAGCAUAUAACUAUAAAUACAUGUAAAAUUACAUGUAUAUGGCUAUAUUUUUAUUUGCUUGCUCCUAGAAGAGAAAAAAAAUUCAACUUUGAAUCACAACUAGGAAUUGAUGCUUUAAUUUUUGGAAACUUUUUCAGAAUUUUUAAUUUACUAUGGUCCGGCCUAAGAUCCUCAUUUGUAUCAGGUUUUGUGCACAAAAGUUGAAAGCACAUGGGGCAUGUGCUUUCUGUGCACCAGAUAUCUGGAUGGGGUUCUUUUUUCAGGCCUAUAGUUAAAAUCUAUGUUCAGAAUUUUUUGACUUUUUGCUUUGUAUAAUCAUAGAAUUCAUUGCUGCUGAUUUCUAUAAUGAUUCAUGUUAUGUAAAGUGUCUCUUAAUAACUGAGGGCUGUCAAAUAACCUGUGAUUUCACCUUUUCUAUAGUCUUACUCCUAUGAAGAACCUUGGUUCUGAUGGAGAAAGAGUGAAAAGCUUUAAUUUUUUCCCCAGGUAUCUUUGUAUUUCUAUUGUAUUUUUAGUUGUAUACUGUGUGCCACAGAUUUUUUUCAGUUUGUUUACAAACACAAUUUGAUAAUUCCUAAAUUGAUUCUGCCUGCCUCCAAAUGGAAACAUACAAAUCUUGUGGGUAUAAACUACUUUCUGGUACAAUGAUAAGGAUAAAAAGAGCUCAUGUUUUCUUGACAUUUGUAAGAGGUUAUACGGUAUUGCUUGUUAAGGUAAAUCAGGCUGUCUGGGUUUGACAUUUGAUUCAGUAUUUCUGGUAUUCGUAACAGGCAUGUUUGUCACUUCUAAUUUGGGUCAGUUUAAAAGGGAUAUGUGGCAAGAUAUGCAUAGAAAAUGUGAGCAGUGCUGCAGUUUGCCUCUGGACCAGAAUUUGCAGCAGAGCAGUAAAGGAUUCCAUGUGAUUCAAACUGAAAUUCUUUCCUUACUUGCUGUAAGAGCUUAAAUGUAAAAUACCUUCUUUAGUUCUAGACCUCUGAAAAACCUUGAAGCAUGGAGGUGAGGCAAGGAAUGGUACUCAUUGAAGUAGAAAUGACUGCCCACUUCAAAAUCUUCAUUGUGUUUAUACACAAAUGUGCUUACAUAUGUCAGAGGCAUUUUGUAGAUGCUGUGCUGACUUGUUCAUCUCUGUAGAAACACAGAAAUCAGACCCAUUUUGUAAAGUAGAAAGUCAUGUCACUUGGAACAUGUCCUGUAUAUAGUUCAUACACGGUAAUGGAGUCUUAAUGAUAAAUGCAAGGUGAUAAUUUAAUGAUGGGAUUAGUCUGAUCACUUAAUAUGCACAAUCCUGGAAGUGAAUUACUUGCAUCAGAUAUAGUGGUAUUUAUUAUUCUGUACAGAGAGAAAAAUACAUAUAAAACAUAUGCUUAUAUUACAUGCACGCAGAUUUCAUGCUCCAUAAAUCUUUUCUAUUUUUUAAUUUACUUUUCUCUAAAUGAUGUGCAUGGAAUAUGCCUUAUACAGAAAAACGCUGUUCAUAAUUUGACUAUGUGGAAAAGUGCCUAUAUGGUGGUAAUGCUAGUAAGGCAAAUAAGAGAAAUUAUCAUAUGAGUUUACUACAUCACCAGUUAACAUUUUAUAUUGUGAUGUUUAAAAAAGAAAAAUUUAUACCUCAAAUGUGUAUUUUAUUUUACAAUCAGCUGUGGGGUUGGGAUGGGAAUGUGGGAGGGCUCGGGAGGGAAGGUUUAUUAACCUUAGCCGCUGAUGGGAAUCUUCAAAAAAAUUCUCUAUGCCCACUAUAAAUGUUUUCUCUGUUUGCCAUUUUUGGUAACUAUCAUGAACAUGGACAAGUAACUCUUUCAUAACGAAAUUGAAAAGCUUCAUUUUACAAAGGUAUGGAAAACUUAACAAAGCUAUGUCUAAAUCUAAUUAUCAUUAGUUGCAUUUGCACUAAAUGUUAGAUACACUUUUGCAAUUCUGUAAAUGAAAUGAUUACACUAAAAAUAUUUGUAUAAAAAAAGAAAGAGAUACAUUUUACCUUUAGAUAACUGUACAGGUAUUUCACUAGAGUUAAUCCCAUCCGGUCAGAUUUAGAAAUGAGUUGGGGAAUGUGAAAAGAGUUUUAAAGAGCUCAAAAUUUGGAGAGGUACUAGCCAUUUUAAACAAUAUUCAGAACCCUCUAGAAUUAUUUCUGUAUGGCUAAUUCUUUAGUCGAUAUCUGAAUAUACAUGAUGUUUUCCCAAACACAGUCAUUUCCUCUGUCUCCCAAAGAAAAACAACAACAAAGUGAUCCUUUUACUCUCUUUUCAACUAGUUCACUCUUUUGUACUGUGAUAGACAUUUGGAAAAUACUGGUAAUGAUGGGUUUUGUCCCUGACUGCCCGCUGUACAGGACAGGAGAGCACAGUGUUUCACUUGGAAUUCAGGACUCCUGAUUUUGAGGUGUGGGGUGAUCACAGCAGCUUUUGGUUUGGGAACACCACAAAGGCGAUCAAGGUAGACCGCGGAGGGGAUGGCUGGGAGGGAGGUAUAAGAAUACAAAAUAAGGAAAAGGAAAAACGGGUUUCCCAUUUGUUUAGUAUCAACGGCUAAUUUGUACACCUAUAUACAACAUCAGUGUCAACUGCUAUUGAGAACAUUUUAGUUGGGCUGAGCUGGUUCUCUUGUGAAAUUGUGCUGGUUAUCUUUAAGCUUAUCAAUUGUUUGUUCAAUUAAACACUUUCACCAGUAUUUAGUCCGAGUUGUACAGACAAUGUAUUUGGAUUAGUCAUUGUUCAUCUACAAACUCAAAACAUAAUCAUUUUAAAGUACCUUGGGAGUGUGUAGAGUGUAACUAUUCUAUAAUAGCUUUAUGAUCCUGAUGAUGUUUUUAAAAAAUAAUAAAGUUGGAUCUUCCAUGUUACAAUCACAAAAUUAAAACCAGUAUUUAAAAGUGGAAAAGUAUUAAAAUAUUAUGGACAAAUGUA